AUAGUAACGAUAAAUGUACGGAGAUCUUAGAACUUUAUUUAAAAAAAAAGAAUGGAAGUGCUACAAUGUAGUACCGGCAGAGAUGAGUUGGGUACCACUUCCAUCCGAAUACGUUACUUCCUUCUAGCGCCACUAUAUUGUGGAAUUCGAACUAAGAUUGGAAAGUGUUCCCAUCUAAACUAUAAAUUCUUUAUUAUCAAUGAUAGAAAUAUUCUAGUUAUGUCUAAAUUCAUUGGUAGUAACGAUGGCAACUAAAAGGUCAACCGGUGUAAACAAAAUUACAUUCAUCUGUCAAAGAAGUAAAAAGACAGUAAUUAAUAAUUUUUCUACUUCUAUUAGUUCUUAGUUCCAGAAUUAAGUGGUAUUGAGUUGCAGUUUAUAUAUUACUUGAUAUAGAAUGAUUAAUAUCGUUCAUCCAAGAACGUCAUCUAAACCACCGAUAAAAAAAUGCAAUGGCGAGAAGGGUCUUGAAAAAGUAGAAAACUGUCAAGAGAGGAGGACUGAAAAUUUGUCUUCCGAUUCUUGCAAUGUUGAAUACAAAGAGAGUACAGAAAUGGAUUCUACGAGUGGUAAUACUCCUACACCGAGUAUGGAUGUGAUAAUCGAAGACAUCGGAGAUGACGUCGAGUCUCUCCAAACCAAUGGUGACUGCAAUCAAAGUGUAAUAGAACCAAACACUUGUUCCUUUGAACAGUUAUGUAAUAUGAUUGGCGAUUUAGAGCAAGAUAUGAAUGAUAAGGUUUCUGGUAUAAAAAAUACAGAAUCAGAAAUCUGUACAAAGCAUUCCAGCGAGAACGUUGUCUUACAAGAGAAAUACCCAAAUCAGGUGGAACCCGAAAGGGAGUUUUCAAAAAAGGCGUGCAAUUCAACCGGUUCUACAUAUGAUGACAUAAUGUCAUUUUUGGGAACAUUAGAACAGGAUGCAGGACAUUUAAUUGGAUGUCACAUAAACAGAUAUGAAGUUCAGCCUAAGAAUGUGAUUCAGGAUUUAUUUAGCAGCAAUCAAUGUUACAACUGUUCAAACUGCAAUAGAAAUGACAUAACAAGAACUUAUGUCUCGAGUACCUUGCAAGAAGAUUUAGCAACCACGCGAUUACAACUCGAAGAGCGAGAGGCAACCAUAACGGUUCUAAAAACCGAAUUGAAAACCGAAAGGCAGUCAGCUUGUGAGAAAUUAGAAUCUCAAAGAAAAGAGCAGGCAUCUCAAUUGGAAGCCCAGAAAUCCAAAUAUCAAAGUAUAAUAAAGAGGCAUCAGAAAUUCAUAGAAAAAUUGAUUUCGGAAAAGAAGGACCUUUCGGAGAGAUGCACUGCCUUGGCGGAGCGUAUAAAAGAGAUGGAAGCGAAAUAUCAAAGAGAAUCAAAAGUUACAGCGGAAAGGCAUGCCGUCGAAAUACAGAGAGCAAAGGACAUAUGUGCGGCGUCUGAAAAAAUUCGUCGAGAGCGAUGGUUGGAGGCCAAAACAUCUAAGAUUAAGGAGAUGACUGUGAAGGGUUUGGAACCCGAAUUACGUAGCAUGGUGGAACAACACCAGCAAGAAAUUCAAGAAAUUCGAAGCGCUCAUGCACAGGAAUUGCAGGACGUUGAAUUGAGAUGCAUUCGACGUUCCAAUCAACAAUUGGAGCAACUACGGUUGGAAUUGACAGCUGGACAUGAAAAAAUGUUAGCUAGUGAAAAAGAUUUAUUGCACGCCAGGUACCAAGAAAAGUUGGAUGAACAGGACUCUCAGUUCCGAGUACAGAAGAAUAAAUUAAUCGAUGAGUUGCAACAAGAAAAGAAAGCGUUUUCUCAUGAACAAACUCGAAGAGAUUCCGAAAGGGAUGCUGCUCUACAGCAUAUUCGAUUGCAAUAUCAAGAAAAAAUAAACAUAUUAACUAGGCAGUAUCAAAAUGACAAAAAAAUUCUUCAGGAAUCUUUGAAAGCGGAAUAUGAAAGUCAAAUGGAACAUUUUCGAAGACAGCACAAUGUUAAAUUGGAGCAGUCUGAAAUUAGAAUUAAAAAUGAAUGCAACAAGGAACGAGACAGGCAAAUAGAGCUUGCUAUUGAACGUCUGGAAAAAGAAACUCGCGACAUGAAGAUCAGUCUUCAACAGGCUGCGGAUAAAAAACUGAGGAUCCUAAAGGAGAAUUACGAGACUGAACUGCACGAUGCGAAGGAGAACGAGCAAUCGUUAAAGUCAAAAAUUACAACAACUCAGGAAAGGCUUAAUAAUGCCGAACAUCAACUUGAGAAGACUGAAGAUAAGUUGAGGCAAUGCAUUUCAGAGCUCAACUCGGGAAAGGAGACGAUUAUUAAGUUGAUUAGCGAGAGAGACAAUGCCAAAAAAAUCGUGCGUGCGGAAAUUGAAUGUGAAAAAAGAAAACUCGAAGACAAAAUUGCUUCGUUAUAUCGUGAACUAACAGAAAGCAAUACUAAUCGAGACACGUUGAUGGCUCAAUUGUACAGCCGGAUAAAACUUAUCAUAACUCAGAAAGACUUGGUAAUUAGGAAUAUCAGUGCAGAAGCCAGUGAUACGAAAAGAAAAUGCGAACAUUUAGAAAAUUUGUUGGAUCAACAACGAAAAGAGUAUAUAUUAAAGUCGUUGUAAAAAGAAACAUUUUGGA